AAAAACAAUAAUAUGAAACAUAAACGAAUAUUUUAUAUACACGAGGAUGAUAUGCGUUAUUUAUAAUGGAUAUCACCUCGAAAACAAUAUACAUAAUCUCGAAUAUACUUAAACGAUAUUUAUGACAUAAAAUACGAGUAAGACAAAUAAAAAGUAUUCAUAAAAACUCCUAUAAGAGAACUAAUAUUAGAAUUUUAAAAUAAAAUUGAAAAAGAAGAUUUUAUAAAAGCUUUAAAUUAUUUCCGUAAACAAGCAAAACAUUAUGAUUAGAUAUAAUAUAAAGCAUGAAGCUGAUAUGCUAUUUAUACACGCAGACAAAGACGGAAAUAUGAAUUUAAAUUUAUAAGAAAUAAAAUAAAUCUUAAAAAAAAUGUAAAUAAGUAUAAAUAAAGAAUACCUAAUAAAGCUUUUUUAAGAAAAUGAUAAAAACUAAAACGGACAAAUAGACAAGAAAGAAUUUGUUGAAAUAAUCCGAAAACUAUCUCGAAAGACCGAAAUUUAAAAUAUUUUUUAAAAAUACUGUAUUCAAUAUACUGGAAAACAAGAAGAUGACACUAAAAGCUUAAUGACAGUAAUCCAAUACUAAAAUUUUAGCAAAAAUGAAUAAAAAGAAAGCAUUUCUCUUUUAGAAACUAUACAUAUUUUUAAAAGUGUAGCCCAUGAACACUAAGAGACUUUAAGAAUUUCCUUCCAAUAAUUCUCCGAAUUGAUUUUUAGUGAAAAAAACUCAAUUUUUCAUCCCAAAAAUGAAUAAGUUUACCAAGAUAUGGACCAACCAUUAACCUCUUAUUAUAUUAAUUCUUCGCAUAACACAUAUCUACUAUCUAACUAAUUGACUGGUGAUUCAUCUACUUAAGCUUAUAUUAACGCCAUCUAAAAAGGGUGUAGGUGUUUAGAAUUAGACUGUUGGGAUGGAGAUGAAGGUGAGCCUAUAAUCUACCAUGGAUAUACUUUAACAUCUAAGAUUUUAUUCAGAAAAGUAAUCGAAGUUAUUAAUGAAAACGCUUUCAAAUAUUCUGAAUUUCCUUUAAUUUUAUCAUUUGAAAAUCAUUGUUGUGCUAAAAUGUAAAUAAAAAUGGCAUAAAUUUGUGUAGAAAUAUUCAAGGAUAAAUUAUAUAAAGUGCCUGAAGAUUGGGAAUCUAUUUAACAUUAUUUAUCUCCAAACAAGCUAAAAAUGAAAAUAAUAAUUAAAAAUUCAGGUAAACUAGAACAAGCGAUAAAUAAAGAUGUUUUUUUUGAUUAACUUCUACUUUAAAAAGCUUAAAUAAACGAUGUAAAUGAAGAUGAUGAAGCCGAAAAUUUAGUUUUAAAAAAUUAAAAAUAAUUUAAUAAUUAAGACUAUUAUAUGCAAAUUAUCAAAAACAGUUAAUGUUUACCUUUAGAAAUAUAGCAGAAAUAACAAAAAAAGAAAAAAAUAGUAGAGUAAAAAAAUUAGGGUAAAAAAUGCACUAUUUUUCUUUAAAAAAGCAUCAAUUAACUUCUUACUACAUAAACUUCAAAUUAAGAACAAGAAAACAUUACUGAAUAAGAUGAGCCUAUUAUCUAAAAACAAAUAGAAUUAUUAAAGCAUAACAUAAAAGGAUAAAGUGAAAUUUAAAUAAAAACAUCUAAUAAAGUACAAGAAAUGCCACAAUUAAUCAAAAUAGCAUCAAUGUUUGGCUGCAAAAUGAGCCUAAAUGACUCAAAAGAAAAUGUUGGCACAUAAGUUCUUUAGAUGAGGCAAAAUUUUCCAUGUACUACAAAAAAUUUAUGUAGGAAUUGA